GAAGACGGGAACGGGCAUAAUUUUCAUUCCGUACAUACGAGGAGUCCACAAUCGCGGCGGUACCUUCCUCGGAAUACCGCCAAAAGCCUUCUCCCGGGAACGAAUGCCUUCCGGUGGAAAUCAGUGAAAACUCUAUCGAUCGGCCAGAUAAACCGGAAUUCCACCGGAAGUUGUGCGUAAAGUAACGGAAAGGAAUAGAAACCCCAGAACAGGACUAUUGUUAGUACUGCGCAAGAGGCUCAGGCGCGCGCGUUCCAGGGAUGUAAAUGUAGCGAAAUGUGUGCGUAAAUAGUGUUUGUUAAAUCGUCCCGUGUGCGUUCUGCUUCGUACGUUUCGUACUCACCAAAGAAAACUGUUUAUCGUUCGGGAAAAGCGUCCAAACGGAAAGGAAAAUGUUCGUAAAGUAACGUUAGCUUGUGUUCCCUGCCACCGUGUGCGUGUAUUGUGUUUCGUUUACGAGAGUGUGCGUGCGUGCUUGUGCGUGUGUGUGUGUAUUGUGUUCGUUCGUUUCGUAUGCAAGGGGAAAGCGUAACCAACAUCGCAGCUGGCGUUGGAAAACGAACGGCAACGUUAAGCUGCAUCCGCGAAGAAGGGUGUGCUGUGUGGUACGCCUUUGGAAAAGUGCGCCUUUAGGUGAAUGCUUCCGUUGCACCGCGUGCGCCCGAUGGAAGACGUUCAACACCAGCAGCCGCCUUUGGGGCCAGCCUUUCCCCCUGCGAACAAGUGGCUUCAUGAUGCUGGCGGCGAAGGAACACCACCACCCCAGCAUGCUAACGAUGGAGGAUCGUUCGGGCAGGACAGUGGCUACAACUCCUACCAGGCCACCACCCCGAACAACACGUUCAAUCUGUCCUCACGUCACGGUGCCUCCGGGACGCUGGCCACCAUCGACGAGGCAAAUGAAAUCGAUUGCAGCAUGAACGAUAGCAGCACCGGACUGGCCGCGGUCAAUCUUACCCCGAAGACGACCGCCAGCAUGGAGCUUCUGUCGAACAUACAUCUGACAACGCCGAAAACUGCGGAUCGGGCUAAUCGCGCCCGCCGUCCGUUCGCGUUCGAUUACGAUGGGACCAGCGGUGGUGGUUCGUCCAGGGACAAUUCAUCAUCAUUCCUUCCACCGUCCACCCCGGAACGGCUGCCCAGAUUGUGUCGGUCGUUGUCUGCCUCGUCGCAGGAAACACCACUCCGCACCGGCAACCGUUCUGCAAACGUGCCGACUCAGUUGACGCCGCACAAAACCAAGACCAGCGGUUCGCAUUCGUUGAAGCGCAAACUUUCCUCAUUCCGGGAGAAGCUUUACUCCGACGGGGAUGUGGAGCUUGGCGAUGAAAAUCAGUCACGCGAUCUGAACGAUUCGAUCGAUGUGGAUUGCCGCCGGCUGGAAGACAUUUCACCCAUCCCGAACGUGAAGCGCCGCAAGCACUAUGACCGCGGCAUCGAGGAUCUGAUGCGCUCGAGCACACCGAAAACGGCCAGCUCGCAGCCGACCUUUCUGCAGCUGGAUGCGGCCGAGAACCGGCCCGUCGGCAAGAAGACGCUCCGAAAGUUUCAAAGCUUUAGUCCGAGCAAGAUUCAAUCGGUCGCACGACCAUUGCUUCGCUCGCGACCAUUUCGCACCCUGGAACGUACGCCGGAAAAGAAGCGUGAGCACCGAGUGUUGGCCGAAAUUGAACUGCAAUCGGCAACGGAUAAUGGUGCAGCAGCGGCUGUAGUAGCGGAAUCUGUGCCGGAAGGCUUUUCCGCCCUAAUCGUCGCGCCGAUGCUGGAUGAUCCAUCGAAGCAGCUCGAACAAACGGUCACGACCGUCCUGUCGCUCGAUGAUUUCAGUCUCACGCCGUCCAAAGCGAACCUGAUCGAUCCGGAGUUGUUGCAAACGUCGAGCGGAGAUGGGUCAUUUGUGAAGGAUGAUUUCAUUGCCCGCCAUGCGCCGAAUUACUCGUACGCUCCGACACUUAAUUCCAUCCUGGAAGAAUCCCCCAUCAGGGCGCACAGCAUCCCCGGGAAGCCACGGGUGGUACCGAAAACUCCCCCUUCCAUCUCGAAGUCAGGCCGCAAGCUUAAGCGUCUCGGUACGAACGGAACCAGCUCGUCUGUUUCGUGCGCUUCCAGCCCAGCGCGGAGCGUGCGCUCCCUUUCCCGUCCGUGCGUUCGUGCGUCCGUUUCACCCAAAGCGCGCCGUACGCACGGUGCCCAGCAGAACCAAAGUCUGAAGAGUGCGAAACGGUACAGCUACUGUGGGUUCGAGUACGUGAACAUUCUGCACCAGCUAAACAAGCUCGAUCGGGAUGCGUUGGGCGUGCUGCUCGAAUAUCUGGCCGACACGGAUCUGGUACAGGUGGUGCGUGUGUCCCGCGGCUGGCGCUCCAUCAUACAGAACCAUAAGAAGUGCUGGGCUCGGCUGCAGCGCUACCUUAAGCGGCAGCAGGAACACAAGGAAAACACUAAUGUUAGCAGCAGCAUCCAGCAUUCUGAGCACGACACCGACCUGACACCGUCGUGCAGCUUGAAACUAAAUUCCGAACUUAAUGGAACGUACGCGGAUGAUAAUGGCUUGCCGGAGGAUGCUGGCCCAGUACCAACGGUCGAUAGUAACGUACCGAAACGGAAACCGUUCAGGGUGUGCAACUAUCUCGACCGAAGUCAUGUGAGCAGCGUCAGUAAUGUGUCGUUUGGUAAUGUGUCCGGACCGGAGCUGAGCCAUCGCCGUUCUUCGAUAGCGUCGGGCGGCGGAUCGAGCAUUGUCAACGUGACGCCCUCGCCACCGGUCAGCCCAUCGAUGCAAAAGUUCAUCACCAAUCAGAAGAUUGUAACUCAUCUGAAACAGUCGGAACAAUUACGGCCCUGUCCCCGCUGCGAGCAACCGAGUAGAAUUAUAUUUUCAAGAGCCUCUAAAUCGGGCUCCACCAACAAAUCUCGCCCAUCCGCUCGCUCCAGUGCUGUGGGUGCACGGUUGGAAAAGUCCUACACGUUACCUGAUCCAGACCCUGCGGCGUAUCGUAGCAGCAGCGAUCUAAAUACUCAUUCCUCUACAAUAGAUUCAGGGCGAGCGAACCUAUCCACCGUCGUUCGAAACAACAAUGAAUAUUCGCAACAAUCUCCGGAUCGCGUGCGGAAGAAUCUGUUCAACGACAGCACUGCAAUCGAAACACCGCCGGUUCAGUCGUUCGCUGUACAGCAGCGUAUGAAGCUGCGCAGUGCCGUCAUGAAAAGCUUCGACGGUACAACGGCGACGACUAAUACUAGCCAGGAUCAGCUCGGCGUGCGUGAUGCCAAGUGCGAUUACGCGAUCUGUAGUGGCCAGUACUGUGGGUUCAAGUUCUGCAUCAAGUGUCUGUGCGAGUAUCACCCGAACACGGUCUGUGCCGAUCUGUCGGCUAACUCUCCCACCAAAGAGGAGGAACGUGGUCGGCCGAAUGUGGCAUGCAGUCGGCAGAGUCGUCGUUCGUUGCAGCGUCUGUGCAGGAAGUGGUAGGUUCGAUUGCUUCCUGCAUGCCUCAGCAGCACAUAUUUAAGCAGUAUAAGUUUACCCAGUUGAACAGCAGCGAAAGCCGUUAGCAUAAGACAGCAAGCGCACAGUGUCGAAUCUCCUUGAGGGAGAGAGGGAGAGAGAGAGAGAAAGCAAGGGGGGAAGGAUUCUUUUCAUUCCAGUUCGUUCUGAAUCUCUAGCAUUUAAUUAACGUUUUAAUGUGUCUUUAUCUUGUACUUCGUUCUAGUUUGUCUAACAUUUUAUUUUUCUGAUUGCAUACCAUUUUUCUCUACACUUUGUACGUCGAAUGAUUAAUUCCCCCCUUUUUUUGUUGUUGUGUUACGUAGCUCCGGAUGUGUUGAGCAGAGCGCUCUCUAAUUUAUGUUCUGAUCCUUAAUUUAAUGCUUUUUACCUACUAACCGAUAGCUAAUAAACCAUAAGCAAUCCAAGAGCAGUCAAUUACAAGCUUUUUUUGUUCGAACUAUCGCUUCACUUCGAAGCGUCGAUCGGGCGGAGGAUAGUGAAGGAAAACGAGUAACGAGAUUUUGUACGAACGUAUGAUGAUAAUGUUAGUAUUAGUAGCACACACACAUGACGACCAUAGAUACAGAAGUUAGUUGAAACUUAUGUAAGCCUUAGUCCGUCUCACACACACACAAGCCGACGGCAAUGAAUGCUCAAUCGAAAACGAUCAAAAGACGCUACUAACUGUGCGAGGGAUUCGAAUGUGUGAGGACGUGUACUGUUCAUUUUUCUUGCCUUUCAUCAAACUCGAAUCCAUCAUGGACUGAAAGCAGCGCUCUACUAUAAGGUACGAUCUAAGAACGAAGAAGAAGCCCUGCAAACGGUUUUUUUAAUAUAUGUACGUGUGUUUUUUUUGUCCUUUUUUCUAUUACUUAACGCUGAAAGGAUUGUAAUUUCACAGUCAGGAAGCAACAGGGGGAAGGAUCUUAUAUAGGAAAACAGUACCAGUACGCGGAUUACCUAGCAGUCCAGUCCGGUUCAAUGAGUGCGUCUGCACGUGCAGUGAGGGCAACUGAAACCCAUCGAGAUAGGAAUGUGUUUUGCGGGCAGCCAGUAUCUUACGUUAAUGUAGAACACAUCACCAAUUGGAGGGAUAGCGAGUAUUAAGCAAUAAGUUUUUGAUAAACGAUUUUUUUUAUAUAAAUAAAGUUACUUGUUAGAGCAACGCAA